UUAUCUUGCUCAGCGACAUCAACUGCGGUCGAACGUGUCUUCUCACAGGCCCAGCAGCUCCUUCACUUUACUUGCAACCGACUCGCACCAUCAACAAUUCGCGCCUUUCUCUGCCUUGGAGCCCGGGGCAGAAGUGAUCUUCUGGUGAUGGAGGACCUU